UAGGUCAACUACAUUUGAACACCUCGGCCACCGUAGUCGUCUGCUGCAUCCAAGAUGGCGCUGCGCGCGGCGUACACAAGUGUCAUACGGAGUGGGCUUGAUUUAGGGGUCAACAAUACUCGGACUUUUGCCACAACAGCAUUCCUGUGUCGGAGGACUCCUCCGUUGGGUCCGAUGCCAAAUGAUGACAUUGACGUGACAAACAUUGACACGGUCGAGAAAUACCGCAGCUACAACCGCUACUUCAGACAUUCUGAAGAGGUGAAGGGAAAACCCGUCUGGUGGAAGACCUACCAAGAGUAUUUGGAGAAGGACGAUCCUGAACAUGGUGCUGAGCAAGUGGACAUUGGACUGCCUCGUGAUAGCUCUUCGAAAAGCAAAGUGGUGAGGGAGAGGAAAAAAAUAAUUAAGGAGAACAAGAAGAAUGUGGACCUUGAGAGGGCUUGUCGUUUGCGCACACUUAAGAUAUCUGUGGAUCGCGUGCAGGAAAGGUGGGAGAAUAGCAGCGGUUGCUUUCAUGUAAAAAGACUGGCUGAACAUUACGGCGUCUUCAGAGAUCUUUUCCCCAAGGCAUAUUUCCUGCCUCGAGUCCCACUGCGGGUCUGCUACAGCCAGGGAACUGAUAGCCAAGUGCAUUAUGGGAAUCAGCUGACACCUACGGAAGCAGCAUCCACCCCUGUGGUCAGCUUUAAAGCGGAUGAGGGUUCCCUUUGGACCCUCUUGCUCACCUCACCAGAUGAACAUCUUCUCGAUAAUGACUCUGAAUACUUGCACUGGCUUGUUGGGAACAUACCAGGCGGAGCCGUUCAGGCUGGAGAAGAACUGUGUCACUACCUGCCACCUUUUCCUGCAAGAGGAACAGGUUUCCAUCGCUACAUCUACAUCCUUUUCAAGCAGGAGGGAGCCAUCCACUUCCAGGAAGAUAUAAGAACGUCACCAUGCCAUUCCCUAGCCGAUCGAACGUUUAAAACGGUGGACUUUUACAGAAAGCACCAGGACAGCAUGACACCUGCAGGGUUGGCAUUCUUCCAGUGCCAAUGGGACGAAUCCGUCACCAGCACCUUUCAUAACACACUCAAUAUGAGGGAGCCAGUGUUUGAGUUCAUCCGUCCUCCAGUUUAUCAUCCACCACAAGUGAAAUACCCACAUGGACAACCCCUACGCUACCUGGAUAGAUACAGAGAUGGAAAAGAACAAACCUAUGGCAUAUACUGAUGAUCAGACAUACACACAAAAUGACACAUUUCAUUUGUUUCAUAGCAUAUGAAGAAAUAAACUGUCAGGUGAU